GAAAGUUUUGGCGCAAGUUCUCUCAUGUUAGUUGCGCGCGUGUUCUGCUCUUUUCGUUCGAAUUUUUAUUUUCGUUUUCUCGGAGCUUUGUGGGAAAUUCUGUAAACCCCAAAAUGGAUUCCGAGAAGAAUUUCAGAAAAUGACUUUCAAGCCGAUCAUCAAAACACCGGAUUCAAAAAUCAACAAGGACAACAAACGUAUGUCGGUUGAGAGAAUCUAUCAGAAGAAAACUCAACUUGAGCACAUCUUGCUUCGCCCCGAUACUUACAUCGGCUCUAUUGAAACAGUUACACAGCCGAUGUGGAUUUGGGAAGAAGGGGUGGGGAUGGUGAAUCGUGAGAUUACUUUUGUUCCCGGACUUUACAAAAUAUUUGAUGAAAUUCUUGUCAACGCUGCAGAUAAUAAACAGAGAGAUCCGAAGAUGUCGUCGAUAAAAAUUGAUAUUGAUCCGGAAGAAAACCGCAUUUCAGUAUGGAACGAUGGUAAAGGAAUCCCAGUAGUUGAGCAUAAGACAGAAAAACUUUUUGUUCCCGAACUCAUUUUCGGACAUUUGUUGACGUCUAGUAACUAUGACGACGAUGAGAAAAAAGUUACAGGUGGUCGUAACGGAUAUGGAGCGAAAUUGUGCAAUAUAUUCAGCACAAAAUUUGUGGUGGAAACCUCAUCUCAAGAAUAUAAGAAAAAAUUCAAACAGACCUGGACUGGCAACAUGGCAAAAGCUGGCGACAAGAAACUCGGGCCGAACUCUAAGUCAGACUAUACCUGCGUUACAUUCUAUCCUGAUCUCAAAAAGUUCAAAAUGGACAAACUAGACAAAGACAUUGUCGGUUUACUAUCCAGAAGAGCUUAUGACAUCGCUGGAGCAUCUAAAGGAGUGAAAGUCUUCUUGAAUGGGCAGAGGUUGCCGGUAAAAAAUUUUCUCGACUACGUCCAACUUUACACAAAGAAUGUUACAGAUGAGAAUGGGGAUCCGUACAAGAUUAUUCACGACCAAGUGAACCCUAGAUGGGAGAUCUGCAUCACAACUUCAGACAAAGGAUUCCAACAACUCUCAUUCGUCAACAGCAUUGCAACGACAAAAGGAGGGAGACAUGUUGACUACGUCAUGGACCAAGUAAUCAAAAAAUUAACAGAAGUCGUUAAAAAGAAGAAUGGUAAAGGAGGGAUCGAUGUCAAACCUUUUCAAAUAAAGAACCACUGCUGGGUAUUUGUCAAUUGUUUGAUCGAAAACCCAACGUUCGAUUCCCAAACGAAAGAAAAUAUGACAUUGCAAGCCAAGAAGUUUGGGUCAAAGUGUAGCCUUACGGACAAAUUCUUGAAAUCGGCCUCAACCAGUGGCAUCGUGGAUAACAUUAUGAACUGGGUAAAGUUUAAAGCACAAACACAGCUGAAUAAAAAGUUCACAGCAGCAAAGUCGUCUAAAUUGAAAGGUGUCCCCAAACUUGACGAUGCAAAUGACGCUGGUACUCGAAACUCUGCGGAUUGUACUCUCAUUCUCACUGAGGGAGAUUCAGCCAAAACACUCGCUGUGUCUGGGUUAUCAGUAGUUGGAAGAGACAAAUACGGUGUUUUUCCGCUUCGUGGUAAAAUGUUGAACGUCAGGGAUGCAAGUCAUAAGCAGAUUAUGGACAAUGCAGAAAUUAACAAUGUGAUUAAAAUUAUGGGGCUUCAGUACAGCAAGAAGUACGGAGACGAAAACGACUUGAAGUCACUGAGAUAUGGGAAGCUUAUGAUAAUGACAGAUCAGGACCACGACGGUUCUCAUAUCAAAGGUCUGCUGAUCAACUUCAUUCAUGCUAACUGGCCUAAGUUACUACACAGAAGAGUUAUGGAAGAAUUUAUCACUCCAAUUGUCAAAGUUUCCAAAGGAAGCCAAGUCCUGUCUUUCUACUCGAUUCCAGAGUACGAAGAUUGGGAAAAAUCAACUGCAAACUCAAAAUCAUGGAAAGUAAAGUACUACAAAGGUUUGGGAACCUCUACUGCAAAGGAGGCAAAAGAAUAUUUCGCUGAUAUGAAUCGUCAUCGCAUACCUUUCAAGUACAGCGGACCAGAUGAUGAUGGAAACAUAGAUUUGGCUUUCAACAAGAAAAGAGCUGAUGACCGCAAAGAAUGGCUGACCAACUUCAUGGAUUCGAGACGUCGACGUCGAGAGGAUGGGCGACCAGAUUCUGAUAUUUUAUACAAUGCGAACGUGAAAUCUCUCUCGUACAGUGACUUUGUCAAUAAAGAGCUGAUCUUGUUCUCAUGUGCUGAUUUGGAAAGAUCGGUCCCUUCACUGGUUGAUGGAUUAAAACCAGGGCAACGUAAGGUUCUUUACACUUGUAUGAAGAGAAACGACAAAAGAGAAGUCAAAGUAGCCCAACUCGCUGGUUCUGUCGCUGAGUUAUCUGCCUAUCAUCAUGGAGAAGUUUCACUGAUGUCAACCAUUAUCAAUAUGGCUCAGAACUUUGUUGGAUCGAAUAAUUUGAAUUUACUACAGCCGAUUGGUCAAUUUGGGACACGCCUCCAUGGAGGGAAGGAUGCCGCCUCCCCUCGUUAUAUUUUCACAAUGCUAAGUCCACUGACUCGUCUCUUAUUUCCUGCGAUUGAUGACAACACAUUGACUUGGUGUUACGAUGAUAAUCAGAGAGUCGAGCCAGAAUGGUAUUGUCCCAUCAUUCCAAUGAUAUUGGUAAACGGUUCUCAGGGUAUCGGCACAGGAUGGUCUACGUCAAUUCCAAAUCACGACAUCCGAGAUAUCGUUGAAAACUGCAGAAGAAUGAUUGACGGCGAUGAACCUAAACCGAUGAAAGUGAGUUACAAGAAUUUCAAAGGCACGAUCGAAGAGAUUGAACCGAACCGAUACGUCUGCAGCGGUGAAAUUGCAGUGUUGGACGAUGACAGUGUUGAAAUUACUGAACUGCCAAUCAAAACUUGGACCCAGGCGUACAAAGAGUCUACAUUGGAGCCGAUGUUCCUUGGAACAGACAAAGUGCCGCAGAAAAUAUUAGAAUACAAAGACUACAAUACUGAUACUACUGUCAAAUUUAAAGUGAAGAUGUCAUUAGCUACACUUCGUCAGAAUGAAGACACAAUUCACAAGUUCUUCAACUUACAGAAUACUAUGACAUUCGCCAACACAUUGGUUAUGUUUGACGAGUUCGGUUGUCUCAAGAAAUACAACACAACGCUCGAUAUUUUGAAAGAUUUUUAUAAAAUCAGACUCAAGAAAUAUCACGACAGAAAAGAGUUCCUAAUGGGCUUGCUCACUGCAGAAGCAAAGAAACUUUCAAACCAAGCUCGAUUCAUCGUUGAAAAGAUUGACGGCGUAAUCUCAAUAUUUAACAAACCGAAGAAAGAACUGAUCAAGUUAUUGCUUGAUCGGGGAUAUGAUUCAGAUCCUGUUAAAGCCUGGAAAGCAAGCUUAGCGAAAAAGGACGUGGUUUUGACUGAAGACGCUAACGAAAGUGACACUGAAGAAUCUGAUCCGUCAGCUGAUUUCAACUAUAUAUUAGGAAUGCCUCUGUGGAGUUUGUCUAGAGAGAAGAAAGAUGAUCUACUGAAACAGCGUGACGCCAAACAGAAAGAAUUGGAUGACCUGACAAGGAAGACGCCUUCUAAAUUAUGGCAAGAUGAUCUCGACAGAUUUAUGGAAGAAUUAGAAAAAGUGGAAAAAGCUGAACGGGAAGAAGCAGAAGCUGAAAUAGUGAAAAGCAAGAAUAGAGGAUUAUUCGGGGCCAAAGGUCGCGGAAAAGCUUUAAAAGGAGUCAAAAUGGAGACGAUGCCUUCCCCACACGGAAUUCGAUGCAUUCCACGAAUCGAUACGGCUUUGAAAACCAAAAUCUCGACGCAAGCUCGUAAAAAGAAGGAAGAUAGCACAGCGAGAAAAUUGGAAUCUUUCUUCAAAACUGAGGACGGGACAAAGGUCAAAGUUGAAUCUGAUGGACAUGCCAAAGAAGCAGUGGGUAAGGAUGUUGCUGGCAUGGAUAUAGAUGACGACGUAGACAAACCAUUAUCACUGGCUCAACGUCUGAGUAUUAAAAAUUCAACGAAGGAAAAGCCAAAACCAGUCAAACCAGCCACCAAGCAGACAACAUUAAGCUUUAAGCCAAAAAGCAAACCGUCUGGAGGAGCAGGAGGAACUAAGGGUAAGAAGAAGAAAAAUCCUUGGGAUUCUGACUCUGAUGUUUCUGAGGGGUUUAGCUCAGAUGAAGAUUCUGAAGAAUAUGUUCCUAAAAAAAGCACAAAGAGAACUGCAAAAACAAAGAAAGAUAAAUCUGAUGACAGCGACGAUGACAUUCUUGCCGCGAAGAUGAAAAGUUCAAACAAUAAAUUGUCAGAUGACGACAGUGAAGAUGACAUAGCUUUGACAAAGAAGAAAAACAAACAAAAUUCAAACAAUAAAUGGUCAGAUGACGACAGUGAAGAUGACAUUGCUUUGACAAAGAAGAAAAACAAACGGGACAUGAUUGACCUUGAUGACAUUGAUGAAGACUCAGAACCUCCUGCAAAGAAAGCCGAUCUUUCAUGGGAUGAAAUCAAGGAGUUAGAACCGCCCCCUCCUGCUAAGAAAACAGCCGUCAAACGCAAGAAACUAAACGACUUCGGUGCAUCCAGCAGUGAAGACUUAUUGAAGACUAAACCACCUAAAAAGCAAGCUAAAAAGACAGAGCCAAAGAAGCCAGCAGCAUCUAAGUCGAAGAGUGCACCUAAGAAAGGAAAGAAGAUAGAUCAGUGGGAUUCAGGUUCAGAUUUUUCUGGCGGGAAUUCCGGCAGUGACGACGACGAAAAACUACGUUCCUCAGAUUCUGAGUUUGUUCCGAAGCGUUCCACCGCACGCCGGGGGGCCGCGGCACAGAAGAAAUAUAAUUUCGACGACUCAGAUGACAGCGAUUUCUGAUUAUUGAAAAAGUUGCCGUGGGAAAAAUUCAAAAAGUCGUCUCCAUUGGAGGGCUUUUUAGAAAGAGGAAAGUUGAUGAGAUUGUAUGUUCUUGCCUGAACUGGUUUAUGAAUAGUUAAUUAUCAGUUACUGAGCGCUUCAUGAAACACUCAUUCCUUCAUUUGAACUAGACUUUAGAGUCUUUAAUGGGCUAAUUGCGAAUGUUUAACGGGUGGAGUGGGAAGCUGACAUUUAUUCAGGCUAAUAUAUGUAUAGUUUAUCGUUCUAGUUGCAUGGACUACACUUUAUAAAAACCUUUUCAAUCCAACUAAGGGUUUUGAGACAAAAUGUCGAAUGGUUAAAUUUAAAAAAAAAAAUAGCUUGAAACCAUAUUGCAAUAAAAAUAAACAUUUUCCUGGAACUUUUUUUCAAGUUUUGCUCUUUUGUUUUUAAAUCUUGCAAAUGUUAUCAUACUGAAACGUAAAGGUCAGAAUAUUCUCAACCCAACAAGGCAAUAUAAAUUCUGUCAGAACACGCUUCAAAGCUUUAAGAAUAAAUUACACAAGACCUAACUCAUGGAAGACUGUUUGAAUGUUCAUUUUGCAAGUUUUCAUGUUUUUUUUUCAUUUUUGUUAGUUCUUUCUUGUACAGCUUUCUUUAUUGUUCUAUCCUUAAAAUUGCCAGGCUCAAAAAAUUCAUUCUGCUACUUGUUUUACUUGUAUGUUCUCUUCUAGGAAACUACGACAGACACUGAGCUGUCUUUGUGUGUUUGGCAGUUUCAAACUUCAACCUGAAUCGAUGGUUCCCGACCUUUUCGAUAAUAUGUCAUUCGUUAUUGAUCCGUUUGAAUUAAACCAGUUUGUUAUAUGUAUGGCUGUGUAUUCUGAAACAUUCCGAACUUGAAAAAUCAAAUUUACGUGAUCAUCGGUUUCAAACCUUUUUAAUGCCGUGGACCUUCGCGACAACGGCUCCAAACAUACAAUCCUCUAAAACUUUUGGUAACUUUUAGUAAACUUAAUGUUAUUUAAUUUCGGGGUACUCCUGAAGUAUGUGCACCAAGAUGGCGCACAACCUGAACUUAGGAUUAGGAAACUCUGACUUCAUUCGCAAUAGACACCAAGUUGUAAAAAAAAUUCUGAACUCGUAAGAAUCAUAUUUUGUCAUACGCAAUUCUCCUCUAAAACUAUUAGAAACUUUUAGUAAACGUAAUAAUAUAGACAUCGAGUUCUAAAUAAUUUCGACUUCAGCCACCUCUGAACUCGUAACAAUCAAAUUUUGACAAAAGUAUUGGCAUAUGUAAGCCUUCUUUAAAACUUUUGGUAACCCUUGGUAAAUGAUGUUAUUUAGUCUCGAACAUUUUGAAAUUGAAAGCAUGAAAAUAUUUUCAUUUAGGAUAGACAUUGGCGUAUUCAAGACUCCGGCCUAUCAAGAAUGCACAGUAAACUCGCUUUUUCAUUUUUGUUAGUUCUUUGUACAGCUUUAUUUACUGUUCUACCCUAAAAAUUGCCGACCCCUAAAAGUUUGCCCUGCCAAUUGUAUGCUCUCUCUUAUGUCUAAGGAAGGAUUCAGACAAACUAUUGCGGCCACUGAGACAUCUUAUGUGUGCUUGGCAGUUUUUAAACUAUGAACAUUUUGAAACCAUGGAAAUAUUUUCAUUCAAGAUAGACUUUGGGGCGUAUCCAAGACAGUAAACUCUCUGGCUUUCUGGUUAGGAACCAAUGUCCUUAUGAUACUUUUCUCUAUUGAAAUAUGUAUGCCUUAUUUAAUAGACUAUUAAAUACGCUUAGUUAAUUUUUGGCUCCUUGUUAGGAACCAAUGCCCCUAAUGAUGCUUUUCUCUAUCCGAAAGUGCAUGUCUUAUUCAACACACUAAUAUGAAUGCUAGCAAACUUACUGGGCUCUACGUUGAAACCACUGCCUUUGGCUUUAAUGAUGCUGUCCUCUAUUGGAAUAUUUUUGCGUUGGAUUCAAAUUUUGAUACAAAAACUUGCACAAUUGUAAACGCUAGUAAACUGACUGAGGCUCUCGUUUGGAAACAAUGUCCUCAAUGAUGCUUUCGCUUUUUGGAGCAUUUCUCAAACUUAUUUUACCCUGGAACACCUACACCUAGAUACAGCAGAUAUCGCCAUGGCAACGAACUUCAUCACAAUUUCGAUCCCUGUCCUGUGGAACACUCCAAAAAAGCGCGUGGAACAGCAGUCUUCCGCGAAACACAGAUUGAGAAACGCUGGUUCAUUGGAAUAUUUUUACCUAGUUUUGUAGUCGUUUUACUAGAUCAGUUUACUGUUUAGACAAUUUUAUCAUUUUUGUACCAAGAAUUCUAAAAAUUGAAAAUAUUUUUGAAAAUUGUUGAUCUAAACUUAUGUCACAGUUGCAUUUAUUCCAUUGUUGUCUCUUAAUGAUCUCAAACUUUAUUAUGUUGUAACGGUUUAUUUAUACUGAUAGGAUUGUGACAUAUUAGUUAUUAUUGUGAUGUAAUAUACUGCCAUCUUAUUUCCACUGACGAUUGUCGAUUUUUUUCUAUUGUUAUUAUAGCACGUGUUGUAUUGUUGAGCUG